AAUCCCAAGGAAAUGUCUCUUCUCCUUAUUUCCUCUCUUUUCUUGGUCUUUUCCAUGUCAUCCUGCUCCUUGAAUACUGCAAAACGGUCGUCCUUGUAGUGUCUCUUAUACCCAUUAAGCCUUUUUCUGUUUGGCAAGAAAGAAAGCAAGGGAAAAUCAAAGAAAACGGAGAGAAAAAAUGGAGAAUUCUGUCGGAUUUGGUUUCGUGGCCGUCUUCGCGGUUUCCGGUAGUGUCGUCUUCAUCGCUCGCCAAGUCCACAAGCGUCUCCUUUCCGAUUUCAUGAAAAAGAUCGAACAUGAACUCGGUGGGUCGCCGCGGAAAUGCUGUGAGGUGAAGAAAAGGGUCCGAUUCGCGGAGGAGGUGAUGGAGGUACCGGCGUCGGAGAACAGAGAAUGCCGGAGGAGGAAGGACGGGGCGUUGAAAAUGGAAGAUCACAACAUGCCUCUGAACAGGCAGGUCCUGUAUAAAGGGAUUCUAAAAUACAAAACCCUCAAGGCGCAGGAUUUUGGCAACUUCCUGUAAUCAAUUUCUGCAAAAUUUUCAGGUUUUGAGUCUGUGUGUUCUUAGAAGUCGUCUUCUUCUUCAGCAACUAGAUUUUGGGAUUGCUUUGGGAUGAUGGUUUUGGUUCUUUAGUUUUUGAAAGUAAUAUGAAUUAAUGGGAAUUGAAGGAGUCGCUGGAAUUUGAUUGGAAUUUUAGGUGUUUGGUUGACUGGAAAAUGGGAGGAAUUUUCCCUCCAUUUGGUCCAUGGAAAAAGUGUAAAAAGUAUAUAUUUUUUUAAUAUAUUGGAAAAUUGUAA